AUGCUAGAUUCUUCGAUGAAGAUUUGGAAGGACCACCAACCAUUUCCCACUCUUCAGCAAGCACUGGAGGUGUUGGACCCUACGGUUGGCUUCAACAUUGAAGUGAAGUGGACUAUGCAACUUAAGGAUGGGACAUACGAGUUAUAUCACCCGUUUGACCUCAACUUGUACCUUGAUGUCAUGCUUGAAGUGGUUCUAAAUUACGCAGGCAAUCGCAACAUCGUCUUCUCUUGCUUCCAUCCUGAUAUAUGUUCCAUGAUCCGCCUGAAGCAGAAUAAGUAUCCCGUGAUGUUCUUGACCCAAGGAGUUACCAGCAAGUACCCGCCGUACCAUGACCAGCGAUGUCAGAGUAUUCCUAUGGCUGUACAUUUUGCUGUCAGUCUCGGCAUACUGGGAAUCAAUGUCCAUUACAGAGGACCUGUUAAGGGAACUCAUCGCAAGUAG